AUGGAUUUCAAAAAUGAAAUCGAUCAACUGAAAGAAUCACCUUUGUCUUCUACAUUUAUAAAUCUACCUUUAAGUCAUCCUAUCAAAGAACACAAUGAAGGAAACAACAACAAUAAUCGACUAAGCAUUGAAAGCGUUGGGUCCGGAGUAAAUAAACCUAUUAAUAAUUUGUAUCGGUCUUCAACGUGGCCGUCUGUUCAGCCAAAUUGUUCAAACAGUAAUACUUCUUCAGUAAUACAUAGUACCGACAGUUCAGUCCCUGCUUCUCAACAUGUUAGAAGUCAGUCAUUGAGCCAACGAAUAAAUCAGUCAUUACAUCGGAAACGAGAGAGUCUGAAAUCUGCAACAAAAAAAAUAACAUCGAUCGUAACUGGUUCUAAGGAAGAUGUUAUCUUUCGCAAAAUUUCGGUCAUUCCGGAAAGAACUGAUCCGCUUAUAGACUUUAAAACUAAUUCCCCAUUUAUUAACAAUUCGAUAACUACUUCACUGCCUGGAUGGAGUCCUACUGGUCAAUUUACCACUUUGAUCCCUUUAUCUGUAUUCUUAUCAAUAGCCAUGGCUCAUGAAGGCUUUGAUGAUUAUCGGAGGCACAAACAGGAUACUAUAGAAAACAACAAGGAAUGUUCAGUAUUAAAUGUUUAUCGAUCAAAUGAUGUGACAUCUUCAAGAUUAGGUGUUUGGAGAAAAACGAAAUGGAAAAAUUUACGUGUCGGUGAUAUUGUGAGUGUUAAAGCUCAAGAAUGGGUUCCCGCUGAUUUAUUGCUAUUGCAUUCUAAAGGUGAAAAGGGGGCUUGCUUUGUCGAAACUGCUGCUUUAGAUGGCGAAACUAAUCUUAAGCAAAAGCAGGCUCUCAAGGAUACAAACAAUACAUUGGUUUCUCCAGAAGCCCUCGCUAAUUUCAAAGCUAUGGUUUGUACUGAGAAUCCAAAUCAAGAUUUGUAUAACUUUGAUGGAUCUAUAGAGUUCUCUGAUGGAAAAAUGUGUGCGCUUUCAAAUGAUCAAAUUUUAUUACGUGGCACCAUCUUACGCAAUACUCCUGAGAUAUAUGGGCUAGUUAUAUUUACUGGUGAAGAAACCAAACUUCGAAUGAAUGCUUCAAAAAACAUUCGAACAAAAGCUCCUACGAUACAGCAAUUGGUUAAUAAAGUGGUUAUAAUUAUAUUCGUGUUUGUCAUGUUUUUAUCUGUUUUUUGUACGACGAUGUCGGAAAUUUGGAACAAACAUUUUUGGAAAAGCGCAUGGUACGUUUUCGGGAUUGAUAGACCGUUGCAUAUAUCAUUAUUUGCAUUUAUUAUCUUGUUCAACACCAUGAUUCCGAUCUCUCUCUACGUUACUAUGGAAAUUAUUAAGCUGGUUCAAGUUUAUUUUAUUAACAAAGAUAUUAAUAUGUAUCACGUGGAAACUGACACUCCAGCUGAGGCUCGAACAGCAACAAUCAAUGAAGAAUUGGGUCAAGUUAGUUAUGUUUUUUCUGAUAAGACUGGAACACUCACAGAUAAUAUAAUGUUAUUUAGAAAGAUUAGUGUUGGUGGGCGAGCAUUUUUACACGAUAUGGAUCUGUGUGAUACAGAGGAUGAAUUAUCACAAAUGUUAGAUCAACGUCAAAAUUCUGUUACAAAAAGACAAGAUAGAUUUUCUUAUACGUCAAUUGAACAUAAUAUUCGUAACCGAACUUUUGAUAGCAUUGAUGAUUCUGAAGAUAUUCAAAUGGAGUCUCCAAAGCGCAGAGAUUCAUCUUUUAGUAAUGGGCGUUUUUCAAUGAUUGCACCACCUGUUACUGGUCCAUCUCCGAUAUAUAAACGUGAUUCAAUAUCCAGAAGCACUGUAGGAUCUAUAACAAAAGACAGAGAUUUAACAAUUGAUUCCACUAUUAGGUUAUUGUCCAUCAUUCAACAUAAAUCCCAUACACCAUUUGGGGAAAAGGCAAGAUUCUUUUUAUUGGCUAUUGCAUUAUGCCAUACUUGUGUGCCUGAGAUUGAUCCAAUAACAAAUGAUGUAUUUUAUCAAGCUGCAUCACCUGAUGAAUUUGCUCUUGUGAAUGCUGCUAAAGAGUUAGGAUAUAUUAUUAUGGAUAGAUCGAUGUCCUCAGUCUCUCUAUUAAUUAAUAAUGAUGGCCCCGCUGGAUUAAAAAAUCCUAAUAACGCGGAAAAAACAUACGAGACAUAUCAAAUUUUAAAUGUCAUUGAAUUUUCAAGCAAAAGAAAGAGAAUGAGUGUUAUAUAUCGUUUGCCUAAUGGAAAAAUAUGCCUAUUUUGUAAAGGGGCAGACUCGAUAAUACUUGAGAGAUUAAUCAAUCCAUCAGAAAAAUCGGGAAAAGGAAAAGAUGCGUCUAGUGGCAUGAGAGAAAAAUUUAAUGAAAUAAAUUUAAAGGGAAAUAUUCGUAUAAACACUUCAAUCCAUCGAGAUAUAGCACAUAUAAUUACAGAAAGUAAACGUAAUUCUCAGGCAUCAUUAAAUAAUGACGGACAAAGAUAUAGCAUAACAAUAGAUCCUGAACAUUUACCGGCUGAUUCCUUUCCGAUUUACGAUGAAAAAUGGCUUUAUAGCAAAACUAUGCAUCAUAUCCAACAAUUUGCGACUGAAGGAUUAAGAACUUUACUUUAUGGGCAUCGAUAUUUAGAAGAAGACGAGUAUAAUGAAUGGAAUAAAUUGUAUCAAGAGGCUUCGACCGCUAUUGCGGAUCGACAAAAAAAAUUGGAACAAAUCGCGGAAAUGAUUGAGAAAGAUUUAGAGAUCACAGGAGCUACAGCGAUUGAAGAUAAAUUGCAAGAUGGAGUUCCAGAAACCAUCGAAAAAUUGCGUAGAGCAGGAAUUAAAAUAUGGAUGUUGACUGGUGACAAGAGAGAAACUGCGAUCAAUAUCGGAUAUUCUUGUUCUUUAAUUAAGAAUUAUUCUAUAACCAUUAUUAUAGAUCAAUGUUUUGACCUUAAUCUGACCUUAAAACAAGCAUUAGAAAAUAUCUACGGCAACCAAGGAAAACAUGUCGUAGCAGUAGUUGAUGGUGCCACGUUGAUGGUAAUCGAACAAGAUGAUGUACUUAUGGAAAAAUUCGUUGAAUUGGGAAUUAUAUGUGAUUCAGUUAUUUGUUGUCGUGUAAGUCCAUCACAAAAAGCUUUGGUAGUUCGAAAUAUUCGAAGGAAAUUAUCUGAUAUAGUAACAUUAGCAAUUGGAGAUGGUGCAAAUGAUAUUGCAAUGAUUCAAGAAGCACACGUUGGAAUUGGAAUUACAGGCAGAGAAGGAUUACAAGCUGCAAGAACAAGUGAUUAUUCGAUAGCUCAGUUUAGAUUUUUAAGCAAUUUGUUGUUCGUACAUGGUAGAUGGUCUUACAUACGAGUUUCAAAGUUUAUUUUAGGAACAUUUUAUAAAUGUAUGUGUUUUUACCUUACGCAAGGGAUAUUUCAACUUUUCACUGGAUUCUCUGGAACUAGCUUAUAUGAACAAUGGACUCUUUCAUUUUAUAAUACAUUGUUUUCAUCAUUGCCGGUCAUGGUUAUUGGAAUGUUUGAGAAAGAUUUAAACUAUAAAACAUUAUUAGGGGUUCCAGAAUUGUAUACGCAAGGACAACGUAAUGAUGCUUUUAAUUUAAAAAUUUUCUUCACUUGGAUGAGUGAUGCAAUUAUUCAUGCUCUUGUAAUAGUUAUGAUACCAUUUAUUCUACAUGGAAUCCCUUAUAAAUACGAAUUUAGAAGAUUUGAAUCACCUCAAUUAUACGAACUUGGAUUAAUAGUAUAUACAUGUGUAGUUUUUGUGGUUACAAUCAAGAUAGCGUAUGUGGAGUGUCAUAAUUGGACAGCUGUAACACAUGCUACAUCAUUUUUAACAUUAUUUGGAUGGUUUUUAUAUCAAACAAUUUAUUCUUUUGUUUACCCUAUAGACACAGAAACUGCAACUUAUGAUGUACGUGGAGUAUUUCAACGAGAUGGAAUUAAAUGCGAAUUUUGGAUAACCGUAAUGUUAACAAUUUUUAUAGCUAUCAUACCAAAUAUUUUAACAAAGAUAGGAAAAAAUGUUUUUUAUUUUACCGAUGUUGAUAAAUAUCAAGCCAUUGAGAAGGAUGAUGAAUAUUUACAGAAAAUUAUUGAUGAAGACUUCUCAUCUUCUAAGUCGUUAAUUUCAGAAACUUAUCUAGACGAUCUUUUCAGGAAAAACUAA